UGCUUUGGCGUUUUAAUAUGCUUAUUGAUGUCAAAGCCAUACUAUGUACAUUCUUCAGAAUAUUAUUUAAAAUCAGAAAUGUGCCAACAUAUCGUUGUUUGACUUUUAUAAGCAUAUUUAUUUUAAAUAUAUAAUGUAUAUGGAUCUAAUAAUACUUAAUGACGUGCUGAGAGGAUGGAUCAUCAGAGAAAAGGCGGCUCGUCUCGUACGACCAAGGUAGCGCCCACAACAUGAAUCAAUAUGUCGACAGCGAAAAGAAGAAUUCGGGAUAAGACAUAAUUCUCGGUUUGGUGCGAAAUGAGACCCUAAAGACAGAUUAUCUCCAUUAAAUCCUUAUUUUAUUUAAAAUUUCUCACCUUUUCGUGAAACCUGCAGCAAGACGCAGAAAUAGCCGAAGAACAAAUCCAGGGCAAUAGGUUUCUGAAGGUCAUGGACCUAGUUCUGAGUUUCUGGUUGACGUAAAAUGCAUUCUGAACUACUGCACCAGGAUGACCAGAAAUCCAUUGGCUUUGACCAAGUGAUGAUUUAAGCAAGACGCUAAAAAUGCAGAAUUACGGAACGUUUGGCCUGCACUUUCAGCCUCCCCCUGGCAUGUUUGGUAUCCCCGGGGGCCAGGUGGGGCUGCACCAGCCACUGUACAUGGGAGGCCAGUUUCCAGAUAUUAUUCUGGAAGCGAGAUAUGGCGUACACCGGAAGCAGCGAAGAAGCAGAACGGCGUUCACCAAUCAGCAGUUGGCUGCGCUGGAGAAAACAUUUUCCAAAACUCAUUACCCGGAUGUGGUCAUGAGAGAACGACUCGCCAUGAUGACCAACUUACCGGAAGCAAGGAUACAGGUCUGGUUUAAAAACAGGAGAGCAAAAUUCCGAAAAAAGCAGAGAGCAGUGAAGCCAAAAACUGGAGGAGAUAGUUCCACUUCCGGUACUGCUGACCCAGCCAAUGGCGAAAAGGGAGACGAAAACACUAGUGACGUCAAAGGCCAUUUGCAUUCAGCCAAUGAAAACGAAGAUGACAGUGACGAGAAUGACGCCAAUGAGGACCUGUCUUUCUCGGUUGACGUAGAAUCUGUGGAUGGGAAGGUAGAACGUGACGUCACAAACCACGAAGGUCUGUCGGACAAGCUACAGACGAACUCGCCAACAAAUGAUCAACCCAGCGCCAUGAGCUCAUCUGACGAGUCACGUGACCCGUGCAGGACAGACGAGCCUCUGUUUAAAGACAGCCUGGAGAGACCGGGCUCGUUGUCUCCCUUAGACCAGAGGUCACUCGAUCAGGAGUUGCAGGCGUUAACUCAGACAAAAGGCUCCGAAAACGGUUUGAACCGGUCUUCGUUCCCGUACCAGUAUCCUCUCCCGCAGUUCGGUCUGCUGAACCUCCAGCACCAGGCCCUGGCCAGCGCCAUGCUCCACAAACAGAUCCAGAUGCACUCUGGGAUACCACAGAUGCCCGUGUUUCAUUUCCCGCCGAACGGGACGAAUGCGCUGAACGGCUGGCCGCCCUCGUUUUACUCACACCCCUCACUUCCGGACAUCCCACCUCCACAGACGUCCCGUGCAGACAACAUACGGGUACCACCGCCAGCGCAUGCGCCUUUGAACAGUUCCGCCAACCCGUCCAAGGACGCCAUUUUGACCUCUAGUAUAGAGAGCCUGCGAUUUAGAGCACGACAACAUAUUGCGUCACAGGGCAUAUUCCAGGAUAUUUGACGACAAUGUGGCAAGCGUUACAAGGAAUUUGAACGGUUAUUAACGGUUACUUUGAGGGUAUAAAAUUGUUUGUGUUGUCAUCUAGAUUUGGAGACCAGUAUGGCAGUUAUAUAUUUCUUAAGUGCUUCCUGUGUUGUUGUUUUGUGUACACUGAGUUUGUUUUAGUCUUAAUUGUUAAUUUUAUUCACACCUUCCAUGCCUAUAUUCAUUGUUGUAGUAUUAUGAGCGUCAUAACGUAUACCUUUUGAAAGUGUGCAAUACUGUAUGUAUACUUAUGGUAUGCCAUUGGUACAAUACUUUCUAAAGUUCAUUCCGUUUGGGUGCUGAUUGAGAUAGACGGCUUAAUGCAAAUGUGUUGAUGUCUUUUGUUUUGGUUUUCGUUAAUUUUAUUUUCAUUUAAUUUGUUUGGGUUUUAUUAGCAGUAACAGUGACAAAAACAUAGUCUGGCAAAUGUUUUUGAAUGUUGUGUACAUGUUAAAACCUCAUCGCAUACCAUCAGUAACUAGGUCUACUCCAAAAACAGUCUCAUUAAUUUAAUGACUAUGAAAAUCAAGUCUUUUGUUUUAAUUUACCAAUUCAAUUUAGACUGGUCGCAGGUUGUCACUGUUGCAAUAUAUCGCAUUUGUUAACGUCUAUUCGUGUGCUGCGCAUCAAGUGUAUAAAAUCAGUCUAAAACAUUUGUUAGAAUAAUACGUCUGCGUUCGCGUGAAAUAUUAUGCCCUGUAAUAGCGACCCGUUUACGUUUUAUUCCUACUGGCGGAUUAAUUAGAAGCAAUCACCACACAAAAGUGCGAGGCAUACCCUUAACACUAAGGUGUAGUUAUACUAAUUACACUACUUUAAGUAAUUAGGGCUUCCUGGUCGACCCACCUUGCGCUUAGCUUCAGGUUAUGUAGUAGCUGUGAAAACAACUAUACUGACUUCUUUUAACAUGAAAGAUGAAGCCCAAACAAUAUAAUAACAAUACAACUGUGGUUUUUAUGUGAUGUGGACUUUUGCCCGACGCAUUAAUAAAAAUAUGCAUUUUUGUUCACUCAUGUAUGGACGCAAUAAUAUCAUGACGUAUUAAUUACAUGAUUUACAGUAAUUACAAAACAAUGUGCACCAAAUUCGAUUUUCAAAGAUAGCUUUUCUGGUGUUACUUUGAUAUUUUGUAUUUAAGCGUUUAAGGGUUUAUGAAUCAGAUAGUUUUGUUUUGAUUUUGAUAAUCGCUCUGUCGUCAUUUAUACCUUAAUUCUGUGUUCCCCGUGAUAUUGUUCUCACUACGGAUUUGUUCAAAUAUCUCUAGAACUGUCUUGUGUUGUAUAGAUGUAUGAUUUUAAAUACAAUCAUACUAGUAGCUUUUGUUUCUUCUUUUCUUUUCUUUCUUUCGUCUUUUCUUUUUGUUUUUGUUUUUGUUUUGUUGGUUUAUUGUUGGUUUAGGUUUAAUUCAAAUUACUGCACCUCUAUUCAGAUUGCAGUUCAGUUUCAGUUUGCAUUCUAAAAAGACAAAUAUCAUUAACGCAAAUAUUAUCAGCACUAGGCUAUAAAGGAGCGUUUGUUUUUACUGCAUGUGUUCUUGUAGCGCAGGGUUCGAUAUUCAUGCUGGUCCGACAGUCCGGCACAAGUGAAACCUUAGUCAAAGCCUCACACGUGAUUCCAAAAUAUGCCUUCUCAUUUGGAAAAACGAGUUAAAAAUGGUAAUACAUUUUCCAUUCCAUUUUUUUUUAUCGUUCACUAUCAUAUAUUAUUUGAUUUUUUGUCAAGUGUAAACUAUGUAAAUUCCGGUUUACAUCAAUAUUAUGCAAGACGGAUGUCAUGCGCAGUUUUGACUGAGAAUAAAUUAUUGUUAUCA